AUGGCGGCCACCCAAGAUCCACCCGCAGCCUUGAUGCCGUUCCCAGAUCCGGCAAGCUUCAGGAGCGAGGGCGAGGAGGCUGCGCAGAGCAGACCCGUUGCCCACGUUUCAGCCCAUCUCCCGCCUCAAACUUCCCAAGAGGGUGAUGGGGGUGAAAAGUCGUCCAUCUUGGUCGGCUUGAAAGCCCUGUUCACGGUGCAGCAGACGACCAUGGUGCCGACGCCGGCUCCAACUCCUCCGCUCAACCCGUCUCCGAACCCAGCGACUCCGGUCCCGAUUCCCAAAACGCUUCCCAUGACGAAGCACCUGACGAGUCGGUCAUCCGUUCCACCGUCGACUCGGCCGGCGGCGACGCCGGUUGUUGAUUCGCAUUCCACCUCCCAGAGCCGGCCGCGGAGCCGGCCAGCGUCGACGCCCCCGGAGCAGGACCUGCCGCCGAAGCAAAGUUUGGCGGUCCAUGACAGGAUCAUUGCCAUCAACAGGGUCUGGAAGGAAAAGCGGCAGAAGAUGCAGAUGAGAGGAAAGGUCAGUCGAACCGAACUGGACUCGGACACCGAUUCCGACGACUCGGGCAGCGACAUUCCCUGCCGUCUGCCGGUCCCGAAGGCGAACCGGAGCCCUCCGGCACGGGACAAAGGUGAGCGGUGCACCUGCUUCCGCCGUGGCACGUCUGACAACUGCGCAGUGCUUCUUGGCUUGGCCGACGGACCCCAUAAGAGUCUCGGCGAUUCACUGCCGCCGCAAAAGGUGACGCCAGUGCCGCUGCCCGGUUACCCGAAAAGCUCAUCUGCCUCGUCGCCGUUGACCGGGACGACUCAAGAAACGUCUCCUUCGCAACGGUCCGAUCGUCCAGAGGCCAAAUCGAGCGGUUCGAGGGCGCAUCCACCACCAUCACCGGAAACACAUCUGGUCGGGGAGCUCGGCGAAACCCAGGGAGAAACUCCAGGCGUAAGUCAGGACCAGAGCGUGGCCGACGAUGACGAAUACUCAUGCGGCGACGAAACGGACGAAGACGACGGCCGAGCCGUCGUUGUCGUGGACAAGAGACCGCAGGACCGAUGCGAGCUGGAUGAUUCUAGCCCGGUCCGUAUUGCCUGUGCCAGAAAUGGACGUCCUUACUCAAGGUUCAAAAAGAAGAAUGGGGAGACGGAAAUGUCAAAGGGCUGCAUCAUUCCCACCAACUAUCGACUUCGAAACCGCCCCCCCAAAUACAUCUGCCCCGUGCGCGAUUGUCAAAAGCUCUUCAGGAACAUGAGGGCGCUCGGUGGCCACUUUAACUCGAAGCAUUGCUACAGCACAUUCAACGACAACCGCGACGGCACCCUCUCGUUGGUGGGCAACUACAAAUUGGCCGGCUCCAUGUCUCCCGGCAUCGUCGUCUCUCAGAACCGUCUUCCGAACGACGCUCCGCCUCCCGCCGAACCGACUAUACCGAACGGGCAAGCGUCGAAGCAUGCGCCCAUGCAAUCGGCACUUUCCCCGAGGUCAAGAUCGGUCGAGCAGUUCGAAGAUGGCAGCGCGAAUGCUUCGUCGACGCCGAAGCCUGCGAAGCAGGGCUCCUCGCCCUUGGACAUGAAGCCGGUCGACUACCUCAUGAGCCUGCUUGACGUGUGCCAGACCAAGCAUCGGCGCAUGGAUAUCGAGGAGAUGCGUCAGCUUCCGAUGCGGCGGGAACUGCCGAGGCAGUGGAUCGAUUUCCACGGUGGAACGACGUUGAAGCUUCCUCAUUUCGCCACCGUCGUCGCCUACAUCGUGGGCGAUGAGGUGACCGGCGCCGACGCCUGCCACCGGAGACGUUCGCGCCUGUCCAACGUCUGCGUCGCUCUCCCGGACGGCAUGUCGGUGAGGGCGAAAGGCUUCUUCUCGAGGCAGCCGACGUGUGUCGGCUGCUACUAUUACUCGUGCAUAUAUCGACAAAAGAACGAAUGCAAGUGGGCUCCGCCGCCUUCGUCGGGCCUCUCGGACGUCGACGGCGACGAUUCACGAAAAGCAGGCCGCACGCCGGCGGCGGCGUCGGACGACAGAGCCGUCUCGAGGGUGCGACGAUCCGCCGCCCAUGGCGAGGUUGCGGGUGAGGGGACCCCGACGGCGGAUGGUGGCGUGCGGCACGGCCGGCGCAAGAGAUCCCUCUCAUCGGCCGACGGCGGUCCGGCGUCCAAGGUGGCCAAGAUCUCGCCCGCGUUUCCGGAGCAGCAGGAGCGGGAAAUGGACAUGGAGGACUGGGAGUUCGCGCCGGGCUUCAUCACCGACGCCAGCGGGAACGGGAAUGUCGCCUACUCCGGCGCGUACUUGACCGGCUCUCAGCCCAUCACCGUGGCCCCCGAGGUGGGCGUGAACGUCGUCUUCAUCGCGCCCGGCACCAGCAGCAGCUGGCAUGCCGAGCCAGAUAAGCUCAGGACCUGCAGCGUGACGCGAGGCAAGGUCAAACUCACCAUGGGGGGGACGCAAGCCCAGGUGGGCGAGAACGGCGUUUUCGUCAUCAAGCCGGGGCAGAGCUGCCGAGUGGAGAACAAGCGAUACGACGUGGCAACGAUUCACUGCGUUGCCAUGCAGAACUACGAGCUGGCCGGCUGA